AUCAAGCACCUAGGCAUGCAGACUGCUUCUACAAAUAUUUGUGAAAGAAUGGGUCGCUCUCAGGAGCUCAGUGAAUUCAAGCGUGGUACCGUGAUAGGUUGCCACCUGUGCAAUAAGUCCAUUCAUGAAAUUUCCUUGUUACUAAAUAUUCAACUGUUAGUGAUAUUAUAAUGAAGUGGAAGCAACUGGGAACAACAGCAACUCAGCCACAAAGUGGUAGGCCAUGUAAAAUGACAGAGCGGGGUCAGAGCAUGCUGAAGCACACAGUGCACAGAAGUCGCCAACUGUCUGCAGAGUCAAUAGCUAAAGACCUCCAAACUUUGUGUGGCCUUCAGAUUAGCACAACAACAGUGUGUAGAGAGCUUCAUGGAAUGGGUAAUGGGCAAAACAAAGCGUCAGAUGCAUGACGAAUUACACUUCUCUGACAAUUCCAAUGGACGUGUCUGGGUUUGGUGGUUGCCAGGAGAACAAUACUUGCCUGACUGCCUUGUGCUAAGUGUAAAGUUU